CAACGAUCCCUAAAUCGUUCUCACUAAACUAAAGUCAAGUGUCCGUCGAGUAAUUUCUUCUCCGACAACUUCUCCAUUCUUGGUGCCGUGGUCCUACUCUAUCAAUUACGACAGGUUUACUAUGGAUAAGUCUAUUCCAAUAUUGGAGGCAACACCGGUCUCAAGUUUCAGACCAGAUAAACGAGCAUCCGAUGAUACUAAUGAUGAAAGCCACAAAACAUCUACAGCAUCUCCUCCUAGAAUGGUUUCACCGCUUCGAACCAUUUCUCCUUUUGAUGACUUCGAAAAUGACUGGUAUGAUGACUGGUAUGAUGAAGAUGCUGGUCUGAACACUGGUUCAAUCAAAGGAGAACCAUCCGAUGAUGUUAAUGGUGAAACGGACGACUCAUCAGCAGCCCCUCCUCUAAUGGUCACACCGCUGCAAACAAUCAGACCAUCUGAUGACUCCAACAACAACUGUUAUGAUGUGGGUGCUGGUCCUAGUACUGUUCCAGUAAAGCGAGGGCGUGGCCGACCAAAGGGUUCAAAAAAACCGAAGAAGCCAAAAACAGAUGAUCCCAACAGCAGAAUGGUUGAAUCUUGUUCGGAUUUUGAGUCAAGGAUAACAGAAGUGGAGAGAGAAACCGGAAACCAAGAGAUCGUUGGUUCGGUUUUGAAGCGGUUUGACGCGGUUAGACGGCGAUUAUGCCAACUAAACCAUCCAAAACACCUCCUUACAACAGCGUCAACUAAUUGCACGAAAUUGGGGGUCCAGACAAACAGGAGGAGGAGAAUUGGUGCAGUUCCUGGAGUACAAGUAGGCGAUAUAUUCUACUACUGGGGUGAAAUGUGCUUAGUCGGUCUUCACAAACCAACGGUUGCCGGAAUUGAUUAUCUGACGGCUGCAGAGAGUGCAGUGAACGGUCAAGCUGCUACAAGUGUGGUAACAGCAGGAAAGUACGAUGAUGAAACCGAGGAGCUUGACACGUUGAUCUAUAGCGGACACGGCAGAAAAGUCAAGCAUGGUCCACCAUGUGAUCAGGUUUUGCAAAGAGGAAACCUUGCUCUAGAAGCAAGUGAAAGAAGAGGGAAUGACGUUAGAGUCGUUCGACGGGAAGUGCAUAACAAUGAGAAGGUAUAUAUCUACGAUGGACUUUACAUGGUUUCAAGGUCCUGGAUUGUGACAGGAAAAUCCGGUUCUCAGGAGUUCAGGUUCAAAUUGGUGAGGAAACCAGACCAACCUCCUGGUUAUGCAAUCUGGAAAUUAGUUGAAAAGUUGAGGAACCAUGACUCGAUUGAUCCAAGAGAGGGUUUUAUACUUCAAGAUCUUUCUUUUGGAGAAGAGCUUUUACCAGUUCACCUCGUUAAUGAAGUCGAUGAAGACGACAAAACGAUUCCAGAAGAUUUCGAGUACAUUAGAUCUCAGUGUUACUCAGGUAUGAAGGAUGAUCUUAAUGUUGAUAUUCAAUCACUUGGAUGCCAUAAUUGUGAAGGUGAGUCAUGCAGUCAUCAAAACUGCACGUGCAUGGGUAAAAACGGCGGCCAGUUACCAUACCAUAAAAACAUUUUGGUUUGUCGUAAACCAUUGAUUUACGAGUGCGGUGAAUCUUGUACCUGCCCCAUCGAUUGUCCAAACCGAUUGGUUCAAACCGGUUUGAAACUCCACUUGGAAGUGUUCAAGACAACAAACUGUGGUUGGGGUUUACGUUCUUGGGAUCCAAUCCGAGCUGGAACUUUUAUCUGCGAGUUUGCUGGUGUGAGCAAGACAAAAGAAGAAGUAGAAGAGGAUGACGAUUACUUGUUCGACACAUCUCGGAUUUAUCAUAGCUUCAUAUGGAACUAUGAACCUCAGCUUUUGCGUGAAGAUGCUUCGGCACAGGUCUCUGAAGUUAUCAAUCUUCCGACACAAGUCUUGAUAAGCGCCAAGGAAAAAGGAAAUGUUGGUCGGUUCAUGAACCACAGCUGUUCGCCGAAUGUUUUUUGGCAGCCUAUUGAGUAUGAAAACAACGGGUAUACAUAUGUUCGCAUUGGACUCUUUGCGAUGAAGCAUAUUCCUCCGAUGACAGAGUUAACAUAUGACUAUGGAGUUUCCUCUGUGGAGAAGACUGGAGAAGAUGAAGUAAUUUAUAGAGGAAAGAAGAUUUGUCUAUGUGGUUCAGUCCAAUGUCGUGGCUCUUUUGGUUAAUUUGAACUUUAUAUCAUUUGUGUCUUUUUUUUAAUUGUUUUUUAGUUUCUUUGUUUCUUUUGUUUUUGUUGUUGUAUUUUUCUUUCUUAAAACAUUAAUAAAAGUAGUGAAUUUUU